UAUGAAUAUAAACAAAUAAAAGAAGACAAUAAAUACUCCACCUUAAUUAAUUGGAGGAGCACCUUUUUAUUUAGGUCCUCAUCAUCCUCCUCUACCUGCUGCUAAAACUUUACAUUAUCCCUUACCUAAUGAUCGUCAUCUUAAACCAAAGUAUAUUCAACAUUUAAAUUAGAUUAUUAAAUAUACAUAUCGAAUAGAGUGCUCCAAUGAUAGUUUUCAGUGAUUUGGGUGUAGGAAUAGAAGACAUGGGAUGGGGAGGUUGGAAAGCUGAGGAAGGUGAAUUGGAUCCAUGGGAUGAAGCUUUAUUAAAUGAUGAUGUAAAGAAAUUAGAAGAGUUAGACAAAUAAUCUUAACGAUAAGUAUGAU